AUGACAGCAUUGACAGUCAGCGUUAACUAGUGCUAACCUCCUUCUUUUUUUAACAUAUGCUGUUACCAUCGACAUGAGAAACCUAUUUAUAUUAUAUCGUAUUCGCGUAAAAUGUAAAUAUUGAACACACGACGUAUUACCGAAGCAUCCGCGAUAACUGUUUACACUGCCAAUCAUGAAUACUUCUACAAAUCUCAAGAAACACAGCGUUCACUGUCAGCCAGAUGUUCAUAUGAUGGGUUGUGUCGAACGAACGCAAGGAGAUGGUAUGGAGAAUGCGACGGACAAGAUCGAGAUUAAGCAGAGCCGAAGUCGUCUGGGGGACACCCUUAUUUACCAUCCCACAAACCUGAAGCAAUUAGGAUCGACAGCUCCGGUCACUCCUAUUGGUACAAUAGUAAACCUCGUGCCAAAAUAUAAUAGUAAUGCGAAGCAAGGGAAGCGUAUCUUACACUCCUUGAAAUCAAAAGAACCAAAAUUUGUACCGUACGAACCUUAUAAGGCAGCUGUUAAUCCGAUAGUGCCGUUUGAAAAAAAGAACAAAAAAUUGUCUAGGAAGUCUGGCAUAAAUGCCACAGCUGCGAAAAUUGCUGCGAUAAAGAUCCAAGACAGCGACACAAGGCUGAAAGAGGGCAAAGAAAAAACAUCAGAAGACGGGUGGAACGGUGAAAAAGAGGCAUACGAGAUGGAGAUCCGCAAGUUGAAAGAAGAGAACAAUCAGCUUGAGACUCAGUUGAAGUUUCAAGCACAGGUCAAUGGAGAAUUAAAAAAUUUGUUGGUUGCUGCGGUGGGAGAGGAUCUGGAAACAAGAGUUCAUCUAUUAACCGAGGACAAAUUGCAACUUGCGAGAGCCCUCCUGAAUUCAGCCCAACAUUUGUCUACGCAUCAAGAACAAACAGAAUGGCUGGCAGGCCAAUGUGAAGUUUGGAGAAGUAAAUUUCUAGCUAGUAGCUUAAUGGUGGAGGAUUUGGCAAGAUGGAAAGCCGCACUCUGCCAGAGAACGACAGAACUGCAGGAAAGUAUAAAACGGCUUCUAGAAGAACAUAACAAUAUUCGUGAUACGUCGCUCAAAACAUACAGAAUGCUCACGAUCCUACGAGAGAAAUUCGAUUCCAUAGGAACAACAUCCGGGAAGAAACACGAAUUGGCUAGCACCAAUAUCGUCGAUCUCGCGCAAGGAUGUUGCCAACUUGCGGAAAUUCUAAGAGUCAGUCUCCUGAGUGGGAUCCCGGAUUCAGAAUUACGGAAAGAGCUGAAUAUAACCGGUUUAGAUAUGAAAACGCUCGCGGAGCACAACGCGGAGAAAUUGCUAAUGAAUCAAAAAUUACCCAUGACCGGGAGAGAGGAUGUUGCCUGUACCGCAGUAAUGGGGGCGGCAGUUGCGGUCGGCGGACAGAUGUUUCUUCCGCGAUGCGACGCGAAGAAUAUGGCAUGUUGCCCACAUUGCAGCGGCGAGAUUAAACAGAUUUGAAAAUAAU